GAACACAUUGUUAAACACACAUUGCAACAAAAUGAAUUUAGUGAUAGAAAUAUUAACAGGGACAUUGUUUCACAUUCAAGUAAGCGAAAAAACAACUGUUGCGGAUUUGAAGAGAGAAAUAAGCAAACAAGAAAAGCUACCGGAGAAUCGUUUGAUUCUCAUGUUGGAUAUCGGAGGUGAUUCGAUUAUGUUGAAUGGUGAUGAAGUUCCCCUUACGGAGUAUGGUGUAAAAGAUGGCUCUCAUUUUUACCUGUUUUUCAAGCUUCCUAAUAGUAACAAGAACGAUGGUGAAAAUCGUAAUGGUGGUGGUGGUAAUAUUGGUGUUGUUAAUCCCGAGACUCCGGUUUCUCAAGGCGAUUCUGUUACUACUAUUGUGUGAUAGACAGAGGAGCGUAUUCAGGAUUUUAUGUUAGUAGUUGAUAGUAGUACUUUUUUUGGGCAAUAAGUGCAGUUCUUCAGUUAGUUGUAUGAUUUUGGUGGCUUUUGGUCUAAGCGGAGGCGUAUUCAGAAUUUAAGCUUUUUAGGUUUAACUUUAAAGUUUUUAGCAUAUAGCGUGUUGUCUUUUUAAAGUUAUAGAUUCAUAUUUAAUAUUUGUUGCGAUUUAUAAAUAAAUUUUCACACAAAUCUAUGCAUAUUGAAAGUACUAGGUUCA